AUGGAGGUGGACGUCGAAGCGCAACAAACGCCGCAGGAAACAAUAGACACCCAGGACGACGAAAAUAACAAUAAGGAUGACGAUGUACCGCAAAUUGAGGGUGAUAUAACAGAGCCUGCGACACCUCCGAAACCGACCUACAGGCUUGAGGUUGCGAUACCAGAGAUGCCUAUGGAGCAGCGGAGUCAAUACUCGACUGUCGUCAGCGAUAUCAUCGAGUUCGUCAAUGGGGAGCUUCCGCCCGAUCGCGGUGUUAUUAGCUAUCGUGUCGAGUUUACAGAUGGGAGACAGGAGCUGAUAACCUCUACCAAACUCGUUGCUCUAGAAAACGGAAGAGCUGCCCUAGCCCGAUUUAAUCAGGGCUUAGGGUCGCUUGAAGCCGACGAGAUGUCCGGCAUUCGCAAACGGAAGUAUGCACCAGAGGAUGACUGGGAUUCUGAAGCAGAGUCUGUCCCUUCAGACCACAUGGACAUCGACGAAGAGGAAGACGAAGAUGAGGAGCCUGUUCAACGCACCGGCGCACGCAAUCUCCCGCGACGCCUUCGCUCCAGGGAGACCACAAAGCAGCCUUCUCACAGCCCCUCCAUGCUGGCGGAUGAAGACGAGCUUGACGAAGUUCUACCAGAGCCUUCAGCUCCUAGCAGAUCACUCAGAGUUCGGCAACCAAGACAGCUGACUGGCGGGUACUUUAAGAAUGGUACUGGCAGCCAAGAACAGGACGAGUUGUUCGGAGAUGCCCCCCAAGCGUCAUCGGAAGAGGAAGAUAAUGACUUCGUCCCGAUAGUCGUUUCUGAUAUUGUCACGAAGAAGGGACGUCCCAGCAAGGCACGCCAACGAUCGAAGCGUCUCCAGACCAUGAGCAUGCGACAAAAGGCUCUGUCGCAGGGCAGAUCGCGCCAGAAGUCUCAUGACUCCGAUAUUGAGUUUGAAGCUCCCCGGCGCUCCUCUAGGGCCACAAGGAAUACCCUGAACAUGCAGGAUGAUGCCUUGAUGGACGAGGAUUCGUUCUAUAUUGUCGAGGAUAAGGGACCCAACGUUCCAAAAAUCAUAUCCAUCAGGGAGGUCUUUCAACCGCUUCCUGUCGACUCGGAAUUCGCUUCGAUGCAUAUGGACAACUGUCACACAUGCGGUGGCUCGCGUCAGCGAGGUCAAAUGAUUCACUGUCAAGGCUGCACACUGUCAUACCACAAGACCUGUCUUGGGUACCGCAGUGCUCGUGAACACAUGGUUACUAAAGUUGGCGAGGACAGUUUCGUCAUGCAAUGCCGAUUCUGUAUUGGUGUCCCUGGCAAAAAGGAUGAAAGUGCUCCCAGACACAGUCUGUGUCAGGAGUGCAGAUCCCCCGGCCGCAGCUGCGCUCCCUUCUCUGAAAAGAAGACAUCUCGACAAGAGGAAAAGCUCCGUGAGCAGAACAACGGCGUUGACCCAAUCACCCCUGUCUCAUCAGAGCUGAUCAAUAACCCCGGCCUUGUCCUCUUUCGAUGCGCUUCAUGUCACCGAGGCUGGCACGUCGAGCAUCUUCCCGGCGCUAGAAGCGGUACCAUCGGGACGGAUCUCAAGUCUGAACGUCUCAAAGACCAUUCAGUUGAUUGGCAGUGUAAGGAAUGUGCAAGCGUCAGGUACAAAAUCCACCGACUUGUGGCAUGGCGACCAGUAGACAAAACUCUUGCGAUGCAAGUCCCUCGUCCUAUGUAUGCUGAAGUACGAGAGGACGACAAGGAGUAUCUCGUCAAAUGGGAAACCCGAUCCUAUGCUCACUGCGUUUGGAAGCCAGGCGCUUGGGUAUAUGGUGUGGCAUCAGCCGCUAUGCGUGUUUCAUUCGGACGAAGAGACAUUGAGCAGAAUCUCUUGAAGCUUAACACUCGCGAGGCUGUGCCAGACGAGUUCCUCAUGGCUGACAUCGUUUUCAACGUCAAAAUGAACCCUUCGACACCUAGACUAAAGACAAGAAAAGAAGAGAUGGACAACUUGUCCAAUGUUUACAAAGUCUUCGUCAAGUUUCAGGGUCUAGGCUACGAUGAUGUCGUAUGGGACUCCCCCCCAAGCGACAGCUCGGGCGAAAUAUAUGGCUCCUUUAUGGAGGCGUACUACGAGUAUGUUGAGGGCAAAUACUUCAAGAGCGAAUCCCAGAACAAGAUCAAAGAACGGAUCAAGGCUUACAAGGCCGCGCCGUUCGAGGAAAUCACCGAACAACCUCCAGGCCUCCGACGGGGAAAGCUCAUGGGAUACCAAAUCGAAGGAGUGAACUGGCUGCUAGGGAACUACCAUUCUGGGCGCAGUGUGGUUCUAGCCGAUGAGAUGGGUCUGGGAAAGACUGUGCAAGUUGUAGGACUUGUGACUUCUUUAGUGCAAGAUAGCCCGAACUGUUGGCCUUUCCUUAUCGUCGUUCCGAACGCAACGUGCCCCAACUGGCGCCGCGAAUUCAAGCAAUGGGUACCGGAACUGCGAGUUGUUGCUUACCAUGGCGGACGAGAACCACAAGCACUUGCAUACAAGUAUGAGCUGUUCCCCAACGGAUGUACCGACAUGAAGGCACACGUUGUAAUCAUGUCUUACGAUUCGGCCCAGGAUCCCGCCACUAAAUCCCUCUUCAAGUCUAUCAGCUGGGCAGGGCUCGUGGUAGAUGAGGGCCAGCGCCUGAAGAACGAUCAGAACUUGCUCUAUGGUGCUCUUCGCUCCAUGCGAAUUCCGUUCCGACUUCUCCUUACUGGAACGCCACUACAGAACAACAAAAGGGAGUUGUUCAACCUUCUUCAAUUCAUUGACGAUAAGCAGAAUGCCGCAGAACUAGAUUUAGAGUAUGCUGUUCUCGACAAGGAGACGCUUCCCAAGCUGCAUAACAAGAUCCGGCCAUACUUCCUGCGCCGAACCAAAGCCGGCGUGCUUAAGUUUCUACCACCCAUGACCCAGAUCAUCCUACCUGUCACCAUGACUGUGAUCCAGGAGAAGCUUUCCAAAAGCAUCAUGGCCAAGAACCCGGAGCUGAUCAGAGCGAUGUUUUCUAACAGCAAGAUGAAUAAGAAGGAACGAGGAUCCCUCAACAAUAUCUUGAUGCAGCUGCGAAAGUGCCUCUGUCAUCCGUUCAUGUAUUCCGAAGCUAUCGAGGAGCGUAACCACGACAAUACAAUCCUUCAACGCAAUCUUGUCGAGGCAUCUUCCAAGCUCCUUCUUCUACAGACUAUGCUUCCAAAACUGCAUGAGAGAGGCCAUCGCGUGUUGAUCUUCAGUCAGUUCUUGCAGCAGUUGGAUAUCAUUGAGGAUUUUCUCGGUAGCCUGGGCUUCGAUUUCCGCCGUCUUGAUGGCAGCAUUAGUAGUCUGGAGAAGCAACGACGCAUUGAUGCCUUCAAUGCACCCGAAUCGCCCAUCUUCGCGUUUUUGCUUUCGACAAGAGCUGGCGGUGUUGGUAUCAAUCUUGCUACAGCAGAUACCGUGAUCAUCCUCGAUCCAGAUUUCAACCCGCAUCAGGAUAUCCAAGCCUUGUCUCGUGCUCAUCGAAUUGGACAGAAGAAGAAGGUUCUUUGCUUUCAGCUCAUGACGACGGAUUCCGUAGAAGAACGAAUCAUGCAAAUCGGCAAAAAGAAGAUGGCUUUGGACCAUGCCCUAAUCGAAAGCAUGGAUGAUGACGAAUUGGCCGGCGACGAUCUCGAGUCAAUCUUGAAACACGGUGCCCAGGCUUUGUUCAACGACGACUACGAGAAGAAGUCCAUUCAUUACGAUUCUGCUGCUGUUGAUGCACUGCUAGACCGAACGAACGACACCGAAACCAAAGCUGAUGAUGGAACUUCCUUCGCUUAUGCUAAGGUGUGGUCUAACGAGAAAUCCGGCUUCGAGGCUGGUCUUGCUACCGAGGAGACAGCUGAGCCUGAAGCUAUCAACUCAAGUGUUUGGGACCGUAUUCUUGCUCAACGAGAGGCAGAGGCACAGCGACAAGCAGAGGCGAAUCGGGAGGUUCUCGGUCGUGGUGGUAGGCGUCGGCAGACCAUCAACUACAAGACGAACGUAGCUGAUAUGCCUAUACUUGGCGAUAUCGAGGCUGAGUCUUCAGAUUCGUCCGACGACUUUGCUGGCGGCGACUCUGGAGAAGAGUCUGAGGAGGAAGAUCCAUCACUGGCAAAAGACGCCGAAACGGACGCCAUCCGCGAACUCCAAACUUCGGACACCCGUAACACCAAACCGUUGCAAGUCGGCAACAGCCAAAACCAAAUCGAUCGCCAGCCCCGUCAAGAAAGCUCGAGCAUCGUCAAGCAGCAGCAGCAGCAGCAGCCAACGCGGAAAGUCGGUGGCCAGCAAGACCCCAAACAACAAGGGAUCGGCCAAGAAAGCCGCCCUAUCAACCCCUACUCCGCGUCAAACCCCUACAGACCAGCGGGCGGCCAAAUGAAUUACGGAAGCAAUAUCGACUUUUCACGAUAUAUUAAGGGUAACUACGUCCAUCAGGCCAACCUUGCAAACCCUGUACCACCUCCUCGUGUGAUUCCAUCACAAAACCCAUACCCCCAUUCACCUCUUAGCCACCGUCAAACACUUGACUAUAAUAGUAUCUACCUCGGCUCAGAAGCCGAAGUCAGAGUGGCCAUUGAUUUGGUUCACCAUUCGAGACCUCAGACUGUGGUGAAGCAACGGCAAAAGGCCAAUUUGCUAAACCGAUUAAGAUCGUUUGCCGCCAAGAGCGGAACGCAGAGCAAAUGA